UGUUCACACGAAAUGUGAGCAUGGCCCACCUGCGGUAUCCUUCUGAUUGAACGAUAAAUAAUAUAAGUUUCCCUUGUAAAGUAAUUAUUUUAACGAAUUAUGACUGGAGGUUCAUAUUUAUAUGACACGGGUCGUGGUGAUACAGUGAGGACAGAUGAUCAAGUUAUGGAUAAUUUUGGUUUUUUGUGCUCUCGGAAAAGGGGAGGAUUUUCCGUCCCUAAUAACAGCCAACGGGUCUAUUGCUGUAGUACUAGACCACCAAUUCCUUGGUGACGAUUACCAGACGAUGCUUGAAGACCUUGAAGAUUACAUCAAAGAACUUGUGAGAGUUGAACUCAAACAUGGCGGAAUUAAUGUACACUAUUAUUCUUGGACAUCCAUUAACCUGAAGAAGGGUUUUUUAGCGAUAUUCAGUAUCGCAUCAUGCGAAGACACUUGGUCAUUAUUUUUACGGGCCGAAGAAGAAGAUCUCUUGCACAUUGCUGUGACGGAGGUAGACUGCCCCCGGCUGCCUUCAGACUCAGCUAUCACAGUGACUUUCGCAGACCCUGGACAAGAGCUACCGCAAUUAGUGCUAGAUUUAAGAACGCGCAAAGCGUUUAAUUGGAAAUCAGCUAUCAUUUUACACGAUGAAACAUUGAACAGAGACAUGGUAUCCCGCGUGGUCGAAUCACUGACAUCUCAGAUAGAUGACAUAUCAUCAAUAUCUGUUAGCGUUUAUAAAAUGAGGCACGAGAAUAAUGAAUAUUUACGAAGGAAAGAGGUUUAUAGGGUUUUAAAAAAACUUCCGGUGAAAUACAUUGGUGAGAACUUCAUAGCUAUAGUUACAACGGAUGUAAUGGCCACCAUAGCAGAAAUAGCACGGGAAUUGAGAAUGUCUCACACUCAGGCCCAGUGGUUGUAUCUCGUGCCGGACACGGAUUCACAUACCGGCAAUGUUACCAACCUAAUAAAUGAUUUGUAUGAAGGGGAGAAUAUCGCAUAUAUUUUCAAUUUCACUGACGACAGAGGAUGCAAGAAUGGACUUAAAUGCUAUGCCCAUGAAGUGCUGGAUUCAUUCAUAUCAGCGCUGGAAGCGGCUGUUCUUGAUGAGCUGGAAGCAGCUUUGCAGGUGUCCGACGAGGAAUGGGAGGCCGUGCGACCCACUAAGUUACAAAGACGGAACAGUCUGCUUUGGCAUAUGCAGCAAUAUCUAUCAACUAGAAGCGUAUGCGGUAAUUGUAGCUCGUGGCGAGCGCUCUCCGCAGAUACUUGGGGAGCUACUUACGAUCGCGCUGACGAAAACACAAGUUCGCUCAUAGAACAAGUACAUCUCGUGCAGGUAGGAUUCUGGCGUCCGAUAGAUGGCGUCACGUUUGAAGAUGUGUUGUUCCCGCAUAUCCAACAUGGCUUCCGAGGGAAACAGUUACCAAUUAUGACGUAUCAUAGUCCUCCCUGGACCAUAGUAACCUACAAUGCCUCUGGAGCCGUCACGAGCUACGGCGGACUGUUAUUCGAUAUCGUCAACCAACUCGCAAAGAAUAAGAACUUCACAAUACGAAUAGUUUUGGCGGAGAAUUUGAGAUUGAAUUAUACAAACGAAACGACUACCGAUACAUUAUAUAACACGAAUCGCCAGUUGAUAUUAUCAGCGAUUGCGAAGGGUCAUGCGGCGUUGGUAGCGGCUCCGUUCACCGUGUCACCAGACACCCAUCCAGGUGUUAACUUCACUGUGCCUGUGAGCACUCAGUCCUACUCUUUCAUAAUAGCGAGACCUCGUGAACUGAACCGAGCUCUUCUCUUCCUCCUGCCAUUCACCACUGACACGUGGUUAUGUAUCGCGUUCGCAGUAGUUCUAAUGGGUCCGACGUUGUACGUUGUACACCGGGUGAGUCCAUACUAUGAAGCCAUGGAAAUCACCAGGGAAGGUGGCCUCUCCACCAUAUAUAACUGCUUGUGGUAUAUAUACGGUGCACUUUUACAACAAGGUGGUAUGUACUUACCGCGUGCGGACAGUGGCCGUCUGGUGGUAGGAACAUGGUGGUUGGUGGUGCUAGUGGUGGUGACCACUUACUCCGGAAACCUGGUCGUAUUUUUAACAUUCCCAAAACUGGAGAUACCGGUCACCACAGUCACCGAACUAUUAGACAGCGGAACAUAUUCUUGGUCUAUCAGAAGCGGGUCGUUUUUGGAAUCUCAAUUAAAGAAUUCCAACGAACCGAAGUACGAAGCUCUGUUGAAAGGCGCAGAGCUGACGUCUCCCAGCGACGGAGCGGAGAAUGAUGCAGCGAUAGUAGAGCGCGUUCGUUUCUCACAUCACGCGUUGUUCGACUGGAAGCUGCGGUUGCGUUAUCUCAUGAGGGCGGACACUGAACAAACUGAUUCCUGUGAUUUUGCCCUAAGUACCGAAGAAUUCAUGGACGAACAAGUGGCCAUGAUUUUGCCGGCUGGAAGCCCGUACCUCCCUGUUAUAAAUAAGGAGAUAAAUAGAAUGAAGAAGGCUGGGCUCAUAACAAAGUGGUUAUCAGCCUAUUUGCCUAAGCGUGACCGCUGUUGGAAGACCUCCGCCAUCACUCAGGAAGUCAAUAACCACACCGUCAAUCUGAGCGACAUGCAGGGUUCCUUCUUCGUGCUUUUCCUUGGGUUCUUUUCAGCUUUAACGGUUUUAUUGUUGGAAUAUUUUUAUAACAGACGAAGGAACAAUGAGGAACGCACAGUUAUCAAGCCUUACGUGGAAUAGUUUUUAAUGAAAAAACUUAUUUUCUAAAGUACAAUAGUUUUAUUAAAUUUAUAAAUUUUGUUAUAGUUUUUGCAAUAAGUUUCCUUAUUUUUCAUAUUUUUAC